AUGGAGGACGCGCCCCUGGGGGGCCUGCUGCAGCGCUACCGUGAUGCAGAGGCCGGCUGGCUCAAGGAGAAGGGCAAGCUGAUGCUGGCGGCAGAUGGGGAGAAGAAGCGGCGGCUCAAGGCGGAGGCGGAGCUAAGGCGGGUGCAGCAGCAGCUGUCGUUCCGGGUGGGCGAGGUGCAGCACCUCAAGACGGGACUGCGGUCAAGGGACUGCGAGCUGCAGGACCUGCGCGACCGCCUGCGCGAGUAUGAGCUGGCAGAGGGCGGGGAGCGCACGGCGCAGGAGGCGGUGGCACAGGCGCAAGCGGAGCGGGAUGAGCUGCGGGCGGCCAUGGCAGAGGUGCUGCAGCGCCUGGACGCCGCCAAUGACGUGAUUGGGCGCGCCGACAGCAGCAUGGCCAGCCUGGAGGCGCAGCUGGCGGCGGCGACGGCGGAGCGGCAGCGGGCAGAGGACGCGGAGCGUGCUGCGCAGGCGGAGGCGCAGCAGCUGCGGGAGGCGGUCGCAGACAUGCAGUGGAAGUGCGGCCUCCUUCAGCGACUGUCAGACCUGACAAUGCAGCAGAACGAGGAGAAGACGGCCACACUGCAGACGCUGCUGGAAUCGGAAAGCAUGCUGGAUGGCGAUGGGGAAGCGGCUGGCGGCGGCGGCACAAUGACAGCGGACGGUCAUGACCCGACCGCUGUGCAUGAAGACCCCGCCAGCCCCACCUACGGCGAGAAGCAGGACGUGCUGUCCGACCUGCCAGCCGGCAUAACCUCGGUCCAGCUGGGAGGGGCGGGGGGCAGCGGCUUCUACGCCUUUGGCGCCCAGAUGCCCAACCCCUUUCAGGAGCGGGCGGCGGACCCCUUCUCCGCCCGCCCCUCGGUGGACAUCCGCCGCUCCGUGGACGGCCGCAUCUCCGUCGACUUCCGCCGCUCCAUCGACGCCCGCGGCAAGACAGACAUUGACCGCGGAGUCAGCGGUGUGAUCGUGCACGACCUGCUGCACCUCACCAGCGACCCCCGCGUGAAGCAGCGGCUGAUGGAGGCCGACGCCGACAACGACGGGCGCAUCAGCCGCAAGGACAUCCUGAAAGUCAUGCACAGCGAGAUGUCGGCCAAGCAGCGGCUCAAGUGGGGCCUCAUCUCGGGGGGCAUCCUCCUCGUCUUCUGCCUGCUGAUGCUGGCGGCCAACGCGGCGCUGACCUACACCGUGGUGCGCAUGAGCCAGGAGACGACGGUGCAGAGCAGCGGCGUGAUGACGGACAAGGCCGGCAACAACAUCAUCGGCACCGCCUCCACGGCGGGCGUGGUGGACCUGCUCUACGCUCACUACAGUCCAGCAGAGGCCUCGGCCGCGCUGCUCAGCCUCAAGUCCCUGGUCAUAACGGCCGGCAACGGCACCGCCGUGUCGGUCUACCAAGUGCUGGCCGCCACGCUGGUGCCCGGCCAGCGCCUGGACUUCGUCGUCACAGCCCCCGCCGCCGCUGCCGCCGGCGCCAGCGCCAACGCCGCCGACCUGAUGCGCAUCGUCAUUGACGACGCCGGCGUGCACGAGGUCCGCUCGGGAGCGCAGCAGGCCGGCCGCCGCCUUCUGGUGGCCGCCACCACCGCCGGCGCCGCCAAGACCGUGCAGGGGCUGGUGUACGACGUUACCGCGCCCACCUGCAGCACCGGCUCCUGCGGCGGCGCCGCCAGCCAGAUCAGCUGCCCAGAGGUGCCCACCUGCGGCGCCAACGGCAAGCUGUACAUCAGCCCCUGCGCGGCCAUCGCGGCAGGCACCACCGUGCGCUGCACCAACUGCGCGCCCAUGUGCACUGGCAACAACAGCGGCGGCCUGCCUCGGCCCGGUGGCCUGCCCGGCAACCUGGCCGUGGAUGGCGGCAGCAACUACGUGCGCACCUCGCCGCCACCCCCGUCACCCGCCAACAGCGGCGGCAACGUGGCGGCCGCGGGCGCCAAGCCCACGCAGACGCAGCCCGUCAAAAAGGCGGCCAGCGUGCGGCGCCCACAGAACACCCGCAAGAACCCGCCCCCGGCCAAGGCUCCAUGA